UUUUGGUGGUAAGAGCGUCCACUCUGACUGACAGAUGAAAAUGAAGUGCUGUGUUUUUCUGUAUCUGCUCCUGCAGGUUUUUGGAGGUUUAGGCCUUCCUCUGUUUGAGCUCAGCUCUAAAGCAGACGAUGCUCUACAGAUGGCCCUCAAUCAGAUCAAUGCACGUUAUGCCAGGAAUCACCUCUACAGAGUAUCCAAGGCGUCUGUGAAGAGGAUUGUUCCUCUGGGGAUGGACACAUAUGAUCUGCAUCUGAGGUUUGGCAUUAGGGAGACAGAGUGCCAGAAGACCUCUGCGGCCGACCCUCAGGGCUGCAUGUACCGCAAAGGUUUUUUUGUGUCGGAGGCAGGGUGCUAUAUCAUAGCACGAGUGACUCAGGAGCUCAGUCGCAUCAUCUCUCUCAGAUGCACAAAGGCAGACAGCUCGAGCUCGGAGUCCAGUGAGGAGGGGAGACUAGGAUUAUACUACGAUUUAAAUCAUUUUGGGACUAGAGACCGCACACAUUCAACUUUAUCACCAAGCAUUAAUGUGUCUCCACCAAUUCAUGCUGGCCAUCACGGCAACACGGAAACCAACCAUGUUCGUGGCGACCAUUUCAACAAUCACCUGCCAUAUCACUGACCUGCAGAAUAAAAUCACAUGAAGAUUCUUCAUACACAUAUUAAGGUGCUACAAAUAUAAAGCUAAAUGAACAGACUACUGUACUAGGGAUUUUGCCACUGGCUACCCAUAUAAUGGGAAUAGAUACCUGCUGACAUCAACCACCCCAAGAAACCCAAAGAAAAGAACAGAAGCAUGGAUAUCAAUAUGUAUAAUUUCAUUUUAAAUUACACAUUUUGCAGAGAGAUAUGCAGAGCAUGAUGUUCAGAGACCUUAAAUGGAUCAAGACCGGAUACUAUAAUAAUUUAAUAUUAACUUCAUUUAGUCACUUCUCAACAGCCUGAAAAGUUUCAUGAUAUUGUAAAUACAUUCAAUAAACAAAUUCUUCAAAAGGAAAUGUGGACAUGAGAUAAUAUGUAUACUGGUUUGUACAUAUGCCAUGUGGCUCUUAUA